AUGAGAGGGGAGGAGGAAGAGGAGGCAGAGGAGGAGGAGGCAGAGGAGGAGGAGGAGGAGGCAGAGGAGGAGGAGGAAGAGGAGGCAGAGGAGGAGGAGGAGGCAGAGGAGGAGGGGAGGAGGAGGAGGAGGAGGCAGAGGGGAGGAGGAAGAGGAGGCAGAGGAGGAGGAGGAGGCAGAGGAGGAGGAGGCAGAGGGGAGGAGGAAGAGGAGGCAGAGGAGGAGGGAGAAGAGGCAGAGGAGGAGGAGGAGGAGGCAGAGGAGGAGGAGGCAGAGGAGGAGGAGGAGGAGGCAGAGGAGGAGGAGGAGGAGGCAGAGGAGGAGGAAGAGGAGGCAGAGGGGAGGAGGAGGCAGAGGAGGAGGAGGCAGAGGAGGAGGAGGAGGAGGCAGAGGAGGAGGAGGCAGAGGAGGAGAGAGGAGGAGGAGGGGAGGAGGGGAGGAGGAAGAGGAGGCAGAGGAGGAGGAGGCAGAGGAGGCAGAGGAGGAGGAGGAGGAGGCAGAGGGGAGGAGGAAGAGGAGGCAGAGGAGGAGGAGGCAGAGGAGGAGGAAGAGGAGGCAGAGGAGGAGGAGGCAGAGGAGGAGGAGGAGGAGGCAGAGGAGGAGGAGGAGGAGGAGGCAGAGGAGGAGGAGGAGGAGGCGGAGGAGGAGGAGGAAGAGGAGGAGGAGGCAGAGGAGGAGGAGGAGGAGAGGAGGAGGAGGCAGAGGAGGAAGAGGAGGCAGAGGAGGAGGAGGAGGAGGCAGAGGGGAGGAGGAGGAGGAGGCAGAGGAGGAGGAGGAGGAGGCAGAGGGGAGGAGGAAGAGGAGGCAGAGGAGGAGGAGGCAGAGGAGGAGGAGGCAGGAGGGGAGGAGGAGAGGAGGAGGAGGAGGAGGCAGAGGGAGGAGGAAGAGGAGGCAGAGGAGGAGAGGCAGAGGAGGAGGAGGCAGAGGGGAGGAGGAGGAGGAGAGAGAGGAGGAGGAGGCAGAGGGGAGGAGGAGGAAGAGGAGGCAGAGGAGGAGGAGGAGGAGGCAGAGGAGGAGGAGGAGGCAGAGGAGGAGGAGGAGGAGGCAGAGGAGGAGGAGGAAGAGGAGGAGGAGGCAGAGGAGGAGGAGGAGGAAGAGGAGGAGGAGGCAGAGGAGGAGGAGGAGGAAGAGGAGGAGGAGGCAGAGGAGGAGGAGGCAGAGGAGGAGGAGGCAGAGGAGGAAGAGGAGGCAGAGGAGGAGGAGGAGGCAGAGGAGGAGGAGGAGGAGGCAGAGGGGAGGAGGAGGCAGAGGAGGAAGAAGACAAGGCAGAGGACAAGGCACAGGAGGAGGAGGAGGAGGAAGAGGAAGAGGAAGAGGAAGAGGAUGGAGAAGGUUCAGAUAUGA